AUAGUUUGUGAUUGGAACACGUACCGAUCAUUGGACAAGACACCUGUCACUCAAGGAAUACAUGAAGUUCAACAGUCUGCCGCAGGGAAAAGUUGGAAUUUGUGUGUAAAAAUGUACAAGAUGUAUUGUCGGUAAGUUUCCAAGUUUAUGAAACCUACCGUUUUCGGGUUGUCUGACUUGUCGUUGUGCGUUCGGAUUUGUUAAUGCGUUUUCAGAUUUGUUAAUGUGUUUUGCACUUCUCGGCCACCGUAGAUAAGGAAAAUAUCAUAAAAAUGUAAAAAGAAAAACAUUUCCGGAAUGCUCCGAGAUCCAGUCUUCGUGCAGUUUUAUGAAAAAGAGAAAUGGAAAGUCAGAAUGUGAUGAGAAUUUCAGCAUGACUAUCCAUCUGCACCAUUUUUCUCUCUCUCAUGGAUCAUCUGUUACCUGCUUAUCCAUCCAUCAAUUCAUCAGUUCAUCCAUCCAUCCAUCCUUCCAUCCAUCGAUCUUUCAUUACCUUCUCAUCUUUCCACAGAUUACCUGCUUAUUCAUCCAUUUCUGCCUCAUUCAUACAUGGAUCCAUCCGUCAGUCUGUCCAUCCAUCCAUCAUCUGUAACCCUCUGCUGCAAGGCUAUUGAAAGGAACGUGUAAUUGUGAUCAUAUUUCUCCUGCACUAACUUCUCUUCAUUGGCUACCAGUGCAUUUUAGGAUUGAUUUUAAGCUUUCAGUGUUUGUUUAUAAAUCCUUGAACAGUCUUUCUGACCUAAGCCUUAAACUUAUCUUUCUGACCUUAUUAAACCGUACGUUCCAUCAAGGUUACUUAGGUCUAUGGAUAACUUACUCUCGGUUGUCCUUGGAACAAGGAUGAAGCAUAAGGGUUGAUGGAGCAUUUGCAGUUACUUCUCAUAAGCUCUGGAAUUCAUUGCCAUUGUCAGUGAAGCUCUUAUUAAAUCUAGUCUUGUCAUUGAACUCAGUUUAGAAGUGAAUGUGUUGCCUUUGUUAUUUCAAUUUUUCUAUGUCUGGAUGUUCAGCACCUUGGGUUUUCCCCAUUUCUUUGUCCUAGACAUAAAAAAUCUUAUUACUCAAGCUUAUUACUUAAUCUUAUUACUCAAAACAUUUUUAGACUUGAAUUCUCUGUCUACUUCCUGUUACAGAUCUUAAAAUAAAGGUCACGGAUACUCUGGAAUUUUUAAAUAAUAAAGCUAGUGAGUAAAGGUUCUUAAAAUUAUACCUUUAAUGUCAGCGAUAAUUUAACUUAUUUAAAUACACAAACUUCUUUUUAGGUCAUUUUAAUUAAUCUGUUUAAUCAUCUAAAAUCACAGAAACUCUCCUGUUGUGUAACUAAACAUUCUCUUUAAAGUCUGAGCUCCUUUUCUCUGUAAAGCCACACCUCCUCUCUCUAUUACACUAACACACUGAACCAGGAGGUUCAUUUCAGAGAAAAAAAAACUUGUAGAUCUCGCUCUCGGUGUGAGUGCAGGAAAAUGGCAGAGGCCAGUAUUUCAGUAGAUCAUUUUUCUGUGCAUCAGUUCAGCUGUCCAGUGUGUCUGGAUCUCCUGAAUGAUCCAGUGACUAUUCCCUGUGGUCACAGUUUCUGUAAGGUGUGUAUUAAUACUCACUGGGAUCAGGAGGAUGUAAAGCGUGUCUACAGCUGUCCACAGUGUAAAGAGACUUUCACUCCAAGACCUGUUCUACGCAGGAACAACAUGCUAACUGGAGUGGUAGAGAAACUGAAGACUGAACAAACUGCUUCUCCUGCUCACUGUUACGCUGGACCUGGAGAUGUGGAGUGUGAUUCCUGCACAGGGAGAAAAUACAAAGCCGUCAAGUCCUGUCUGGAUUGUCUUGCCUCCUUUUGUGAAGAUCAUCUUAAACCUCACUAUCAGUCUCCUGCCUUUAAGAAGCACAAGUUAGUUGAAGCCUGUGCAGAGCUCCAAGAGAAGAUCUGCUCUGAACAUAACAAACUGAUGGAGAUCUACUGUUGUACUGACCAAAGAUUCAUCUGUUACUUGUGUCUGAUGGAUCAACACAAAGGUCAUGAUACAGUUUCAGCUAAAGCAGAAAGAACUAAAAAACAGAAUGAGUUAAAGGAGGAUCAGAUGAAAUCCCAGCAGAGGAUCCAGGAGAAGCAGAAGAAGGUGCAGGAGCUGAAACAGACUGUGGACAUUAUUAAGAAGCGUUCACAGGCAGCAGUAGAUGACAGUGAGAUGAUCUUUACUGAGAUGAUCAGCUCCAUGGAGAAAAAGCGCUCGGAGGUGACAGAGCUGAUCAGAGCUCAGGAGAAAGCUGAAGUGAGUCGAGCUGAACGACUCCUGGAUCAACUGGAGCAGGAGAUUGCUGAUCUUAAGAGGAAAGUCACUGAGAUGGAGCAGCUUUCACACACACACGAUGACAUCCACUUCCUCCAGAGUUUCCCGUCUCUCUGUGUUUCUCCUGGAUGUGACGACUCACUCAGCUUCACUGUCAAUCAACAUCUCUCAUUUGAUGGAGUGAGGAAAUCUCUCUCAGAUCUGAAACAACGAGUCGAGGAAAUCUGUGAGGAAGAAUUCAACAAAAUCAGACCAGAAGCAGUUCAGAUGGUUUUACCUUCAGAACCAAAGAGCAGAGAAGAUUUUCUGCAAUAUUUCUGUUAUCUGACUCUGGAUCCAAACACAGCACAUCCUGAACUCAUUCUGUCUGAGAAGAACAGAGUGGUGACACGGAGUGAGACACAACAGCGAUACUCUGAUCAUCCAGAGAGAUUUAACUCUUGGAUUCAGGUGUUGUGUAAGGAGAGUGUGUGUGGACGCUGUUACUGGGAGGUGGAGAGGAGCGGUAAUGUGUUCAUAUCAGUGUCAUAUAAAGAUAUCAGCAGGAAAGGAGAGGGUAAUGAGUGUUGGUUUGGAUAUAACAGUCAGUCCUGGAGUCUGUGGUGUUCUUCUUCCUCUGUCUCUUUCUGUCACAACAUUCGGACUAAGCUUCCAGGUCCAUCAUCCUCCAGAAUAGGAGUGUAUGUGGAUCACAGUGCAGGAACUCUGUCCUUCUACAGCGUCUCUGACACCAUGAGGCUCCUCCACAGAGUCCACACCACAUUCACUCAGCCUCUAUACGCUGGAUUCUGUAUGUGGAGUAAUGAGUCAUCUGUGAGGUUUUGUGAACCAAAAUAAAAUGUUAGUAAAAGUGUUUA